AGGUACACAUAAAACCAGAAGUCAUUCGUUUUAGUGAACGGUUACAAGAGUGUAUCUCGUCGAUGCAUCGCCCCCUUCUAGUACUGUGUGUGAUAAUCACGCUAAAUUCUCUCCUGGAACAUCGCUCCAAAUGUCAGGCCCAGCUGUUCGGUUUCCGCGGGCCACUGAGUCGCGGGCCACUGAGUCGUGGACCACUGAGUCGUGGACCACUGAAACGUGGACCGCUUGCGUGGAGGAAACCUCGUUUGGGAUGGGUUCUAGCACCCAACCCUAAUGCCUUUGAAGAUGACAACGAAGGUGACGACGAUGCUGAGGCUUUUGAAAGUUUCCAGCGAGCAGCGGCUCCGCACCAUAGUGUCCAACCGGACGAUAUGGGACUACAUUCGAGGGUGAUAGGUUUCUUCAAUGCUGAUGGAACCAUCGAUCAUUUGCGAAAGUAGAAAAAGUGUUGUCCUCACGAUAUUUUUAAGAAUUAACAUCGCAGCUAGAUAUAGAUACUACCACGUUUA